AUGAAUGGGGUGACAUCACGGACACGAGUUGAGGCGCAUUCGGCGGAGCAGCUUCCUACGCCGUCGUCGACGCCGGAACCGGACGAUGUGGCGUUACCGAAUGGCGUCAGCAUGCAGGCGAAGGACAGUGCAUGGUUGCAGGAGGUGUCGACUGCGCAGAGCCCCGCCAUGAACAGUGUCUCGACCAGCAGGCGGACGAGCAUACACGAGGAAGCCAUCCUGUCAGACACGAGCGAGAGGCUCCGGCCCAUCAAGCGCCCUGGUGAUGGUCGGCGGACGAGCAGCGUGUCCGAGCACGACAAGGUCCUCAAGCUCAGUCCGCGCCAGAUGCAGGAGCUCACGAGCGAGCCUGCGAGUAUUCCUGUGCGUACGGCGACGCCUAUUCUCGAGGACGCCCUCGAAAGCGCGACGCCUGGGGAGGAUGAGUCGAGCGAUGGCCACAGGGUGCUGGGCCUAGUCUUGGAGAGACCCGUCCAGCUGAAGGAUAUGCGGUCGACGAGCGGCGAAAAGAAGCGGAGGGACUCUCGCAGUCGUGAGCGGCGCCCGGAGAAGGAGAUUGUCGUGUUGAAGACACCUGCCACAGAGCUGAGGCAUGGCCGCCCCGGCCUGAAUUCGCGAUCUGUCACUACACCAGCCAUCCGCAGGAUGGAUUCGAGCACACGCUCUCGACCACAGACGACACAAAACUACGACAGAGACGAGCGGAGGGACGAGCGAAAGGACGAGCGAAGAGACGAGCGGAGGGACGAGCGAAAGGACGAGCGAAGAGACGAUCGGAGGCUGGCCCCUUCGCCCCUUGUGGAGCCCGCACCAGCGCUCCCCUUACCUCCCAUGUCUAUGCCGACCUUCUUGUCGCUGGAGCUGUCCGCUGACCGUCCGUCUCCGCUGUACAUAUACCGUCCGUCGAGCGACGACUUCCCUUACGAGUCCUCCGCAAUCAAGUACGAGCGCCUGCUCAACUUCUUGCAGAUCCCCUACCAGGUCGAGGGUGUCCUGGCUUUCGGCGCUCUUGCCUGCCUCGACGCCUGGAUGCACGUCAUGACCAUCCUGCCGUUGCGCUUCUUGCUCGCUGUCGGCGUGCUGAUCAAGUGGUGGGGCUCCGUCAUCGUCAAGGAAUUUCGCGACCUGUCUGCCUUCAUCUACAGUGGCCUUCCGCGUGUAUGGCAGCGACGCAAGAACACGGACACGCCCGCCGCUACACCAGCAGAUGAAUAUCCGCCUUCUCUGUCACGCAAGCCGUCUGGCAAUGUACCACAAUCCGCCAACGCUGCUGCUGCCAGGCAGAACGCCGAGACGGUGACCACCUUCAAAUCCCCAGACCUAAAAGAACCCAGGCCGAAGCGCAGCCGCAACUCGCGCUUUCGUCACCGCCGCACAAAGUCUACGCCGUCACUCCUCCUGCCAAACCACAAAGCGGACAUCCUCAAAGGCCUGCUAGUCGUCUCCAGCUGCUUCGUCUUGAUGCGUUUCGACGCAAGCCGCAUGUAUCACGGCAUUCGUGGCCAAUCUGCUAUCAAACUCUACGUCAUAUACAACCUCCUUGAGGUCUGCGAUCGUUUGCUGUCGGCUCUCGGACAGGACAUCCUCGAGUGCCUCUUCUCACGCGAGACGCUCGACCGAAAUCCUGACGGCCGCAGCAAAGUCAUCCGUCCGUUCUGGAUGUUCCUGCUCGCCCUCGUGUAUACUGUUGUGCAUGCCACAGCUUUAUUCUACCAGGUCAUCACCCUGAACGUUGCCGUCAACUCGUACUCCAACGCGCUGCUGACGUUACUCAUGUCCAAUCAAUUCGUUGAAAUCAAGGGCACUGUCUUUAAGAAGUUCGAGAAAGAGAGUCUUUUCCAGAUCACGUGCGCCGAUGUGGUCGAGCGUUUCCAACUGUGGCUCAUGCUGCUCAUCAUCGCCAUGCGCAACAUGGUGGAAGUGGGCGGGCUGAGCAUACAAAGCAGUGCCAAUUCUUGGACUGCCAUGUUCACUGGUAGCAGCAAUGCCACGACCGCAGCCUCUUUCACAGCUUCGAGCAUCAUCCCGAUGAGCUUUACCAUCUUCCCAAAGUACAUCGCACAGGUCCUCAACCCAUUCCUCCUGGUUCUGGGCAGCGAGAUGGCGGUGGACUGGCUCAAGCACGCCUACAUAACAAAGUUCAACCAGACAAAACCACAAGUGUACGGCAAGUUCUUCGACGUCCUAGCCAAGGACUACUACUCCAACGCCUUCAGUGACCCAAACUUGACACGUCGUCUCGGUCUUCCCGUAAUCCCGCUAUCCUGUCUGUUCAUCCGCGCAGCGAUACAGACUUACCACAUGUUCAUUGCGACCUACAUGCCGCCUCCGAUGCCCUCAUUUUCUACCUCGCUCACAUCGGAGUCCACAUCAUCCCCCACAACCACCGCAGCCCUUGCGCACAUUGACCACGUUUUCCGGCGGGCGCUCGGUCGUUCAUCGUUCGGCGCCGGCGUCCCCAGGUCAUCCUGGUACUCCCUCCCCUCCUGGACGCUUGACGACCUGAUCGCGGGAAGCACAAUGUUGAUUGUGUUCUUGGUCGUGUAUUUCAUCUUCCUGGCCUUCAAGCUCUUACUAGGCAUGUUCCUGCUUACGAUUGCACGGAAGCGCUGCCAUGGCAUGAAAGAGAGGGAGAUGAUGAACGUCGAAACAGGCGGGAAGAGGAUCGGAGGGUGGGGCGUGGUGGACGUCGAUGAGGAAAAGAGGCGGUACCUCCACCAUGACGACCCGGAAGGGUUGCGGAGUCUGAGAGAGCGCGAUGAGAAGGCGAAGAAGAAGGAAGACCAGGAGCGCGAACGAGGCACCAAUUUCGGCCAUGUCAGCCGGUAUGCGAUGGUUGCAAAGCGCAUAUGGUAG